GGAUAUCCGGUUUGCCACUUGGGACCGAUAUCGCCGGCACCGCAUGUCUCCAACAGAAGGAUCCACCGGCGUUCUCUGAUGCUUCCCGUCGUGCACUGCUGCUAUCAAACAUGCUGGCUGCUGCAUUUACUGUCUGGACGUAGGUCUUUCAAGCGCCGCGCCUAGCCCUUCUGCGAAUGAAGCAUCCGCGGUCCGUGGCGGUGAUCGGAGUGCUGGGUUGUUCCCCAUUUCCUGUAUGAGCCAACCUCGAAUCCUUGCGAACGAAUCAAUCGCUUUUGGUCAAAAUGCGGAAACACGAUCUUCACUGGAUUUGUCUCUUUCACACAGGUCGUCGUACUGGUCCGCCCUCGAGAAGGCGGCGGUAACCAAUAUUGUCCACGAGCUUAUCGCUGGCUUGUGACAACAUUCCUCCGGUCUGAGACAAUCAAGCCGCGGGAUUGUGACGCGACCCUGGACAGGGGACAAGUAUAGACAACCUGUGCAGGUUACGUUUCUCCUGCUUCGUUGUACUGAUUGCCGCCAUCAUCGUGUCGCCGAUCAUUGAGACGCUCGCUGCUACCCC